GGGACGGUGCCCCUAAUUGCUGAAGACUGAGGCUACCCGGUGAAGCUCUCCAGGUUGCUCUGUCCACCGAUUGAUGAUUUUCUGCCGUAUCUUUAAAAAAAUGGCAACUAAUGGUGCUGUUCUGAAGAGACUGGAACAGAAGGGUGCAGAAGCAGAUCAAAUUAUUGAAUAUUUAAAGCAGCAAGUUGCUCUUCUUAAGGAGAAAGCAAUUUUGCAGGCAACUUUGAGAGAAGAGAAGAAACUUCGAGUUGAAAAUGCUAAAUUAAGGAAAGAAAUUGAAGAAUUGAAACAAGAGCUAAUUCAGGCAGAAAUUCAAAACGGAGUGAAACAAAUACCAUUCCCAUCUGGUACUCCACUGCAAGCUAAUUCCACAGUUUCCGAAAAAGUGAUACAGUCUAUACCAAUGACAACUGUAUCUUCUGGUGCCAAAGAACAGAUAACAGGAGGAAGAGCAGAAGAAAAGAUGAAAGAGAAAAUUGAAAUGAAAGAGAAAAAGGAGAAAAAACAAUCAAUAGCAGGAAGUGCUGACUCUAAGCCAAUAGAUGUUUCUCGUCUGGAUCUUCGAGUUGGUUGUAUCAUUACUGCCAGAAAACAUCCUGAUGCAGAUUCUUUAUAUGUAGAAGAAAUAGAUGUUGGAGAAACAGCCCCAAGAACAGUUGUCAGUGGCCUGGUGAAUCAUGUUCCUCUUGAACAGAUGCAAAAUCGGAUGGUGAUUUUACUUUGUAACCUGAAACCUGCAAAGAUGAGGGGAGUAAUAUCUCAGGCAAUGGUAAUGUGUGCUAGUUCACCUGAGAAGGUUGAAAUCUUGGCACCUCCUACUGGGUCUGUUCCUGGAGACAGAAUUAUUUUUGAUGCUUUUCCUGGAGAGCCUGACAAGGAGCUAAAUCCUAAGAAGAAGAUUUGGGAGCAGAUCCAGCCAGAUCUCUGCACUAAUGAUGAGUGUGUGGCUACAUACAAAGGAGUUCCCUUUGAGGUGAAAGGGAAGGGAGUGUGUAGGGCUCAAACUAUGACCAACAGUGGAAUAAAAUAA